ACACUCCCACCACAUCUGGGGUAACUCAAUUGGCGACAUGCGCCUAUAAACAACGAGCGGGAUUCUUCUAUCUCACACAAAUGUUUCGCGCCAUUUCUUAUCGUGCGUUUGGCCGGCGACAAUACGCGACAGCGCGCGAUGUCGUCAACAUCGUUGAGGUCGGACCAAGGGAUGGGCUGCAGAACGAGAAGGGCGUCAUACCUGCUGGUGUCAAGGUCGAGCUCAUUAACCGCCUAGCCAGCGCUGGGAUGCAGACGAUAGAAGCUGGAAGUUUCGUCAGUCCAAAAUGGGUUCCUCAGAUGGCGGGUACUUCAGACGUGAUAAGCCAAAUGAAUCGGAUUGCUGGCGUUCACUAUCCUGUAUUGGUGCCCAACCAAAAGGGACUUGAUAACCUUACCCACUUGCUCGAUGAACAUCCGACUUCACCGCCGUUGACAGACGAGAUAUCCAUUUUCACAGCUGCAACAGACGCAUUUACCAAGGCCAACCUCAAUACUACUACAAAAGAAUCACUGGAACGUCUAGCUCCAGUGGCUCGGUCAGCAUUAGAUAAAGGAUUGCGGGUCCGUGGUUACGUCAGUGUGGCUAUCGCAUGUCCGUAUUCCGGUCUAGUAGACUACGCGCGUGUCCGAGAAGUGGCAAAGGAACUGAUGGAAAUGGGAUGCUAUGAAGUCAGUCUCGGUGACACAGUUGGUAUGGGUACACCCACACAGGUUGCAGAGAUGCUCGAGGAAGUCAAGAAAAGUGUUCCUGUUGAACAGCUGGCCGGACAUGUAAGAGAGUAGUAUUUUCAUCUUCAGCAAGAUACUGACGUUUUUCUGGCAGUUCCAUGAUACGUACGGUACCGCAGUCGCCAACGUCUUCACCGCACUUUCUCAUGGCGUGCGAACCAUCGAUUCUUCCGUCGGCGGUCUCGGUGGUUGCC